AUGGAGGCAGACGGCCAUGGCGUUCAACAAGGAAGAAAAUGGGGGCGGUGGAAUAAACUGUCGGACAUGGAGGAGGCCAAGAACCAGGUCUUGUUUUUCUUGCCAAUGAUUCUUACCAAUGUUUGCUAUUACACGAUCCACUUGAUAUCUGUCAUGUUUGCUUGUCACCUUCGUGAGCUUGAGCUUGCUGGUGCCACACUUGCCAAUUCAUGGGCCACCAUUACCGGUUUCGCUCUCAUGAAAAUUCGAAGCCCAACGCCCACCCAUGGGCCGGGCUUGAGAAAGCCCAUUGGGCCAGGUUGGGCCUAA